UUGGAGAGCAGCUCCCAGGGAGGUGGAAAGAGGGAAAAAGCUUUCAGCCAGGGCUUUUGCUUUCUUCCUGGGAUGCUGAGAGAAACCAUAAGAGGGAUGCAAAAAAAGGGUAGGGAAGAGUGUGACAAAGGAAUCAGGAAGACAGAAGCAAUGUAGAGAGUGAGGUUUCAUCAUAUAAGUGGUUUAUUUUCAUUCUAGCACUUUUUCUGAUUAAGGGGUGGGACUCUGAGCUGGGAGGCUUGGCUAAAAGCUCGGAGCUCCACUUUCAGGAGCACUUUGUAAGACCAGCUUCCAGUGUGUUGGAGAGGACUUGUGGUGCCAGCAACCCGACUGCUUUGAGGCUGAGUGAAGUCUUGGCGGCAAGAUUCGAAACAGACACACCAAUCAACAUGAGCACAGCAGGAAAAGUUAUUAAAUGCAAAGCAGCAGUAAUGUGGGAAGCCAAUAAAUCAUUUAGUAUUGAGGAAGUGGAAGUGGCCCCACCAAAAGAACAUGAAGUUCGCAUAAAGAUCAUGGCCACAGGGAUCUGUCGCUCUGAUGACCACGUGAUAACUGGUGCACUGGUUAUGCCUUUUCCAAUAAUUCUUGGGCAUGAAGCAGCUGGUGUUGUGGAGAGUGUUGGGCAGGGAGUGACUUCGUUCAAACCAGGAGACAAGGUUAUUCCACUCUUUAUUCCACAGUGUGGGGAGUGCAAGAGUUGCUUAGGCACCAAGGGUAACCUGUGCAAUAAAAAUGACCUUGCUUUGGGUGGUGGAUUAAUGCCUGAUGGCACCACUAGAUUCACCUGCAAAGGAAAAGCAAUUCACCAUUUUCUUGGUACAAGUACCUUCACUGAGUACACAGUAGUGCAUGAAUCUGCUGUAGCCAAAAUCGAUUCCGCCGCUCCUCUGGAAAAAGUUUGUCUAAUUGGCUGUGGAUUUUCAACUGGUUAUGGGGCUGCUCUGCAGACUGCCAAGGUGGAACCAGGCUCCACCUGUGCUGUCUUUGGCCUUGGAGGAGUUGGCCUCUCCGUUAUCAUAGGCUGCAAGGUGGCUGGAGCUUCCCGCAUCAUUGCCGUGGAUAUCAAUAGUGACAAGUUUGCCAAGGCCAAGGAGCUGGGAGCCACCGACUGUGUCAACCCUAAAGAUUUCCAGAAGCCCAUUCAUGAAGUGUUGAUGGAAAUGACCGGCCAGGGUGUGGAUUACUCCUUCGAGGUCAUCGGCCGCACGGAUACCAUGACCGCAGCCUUGGCCUGUUGCCAGUAUAACUACGGAGUCAGUGUGAUUGUGGGAGUGCCCCCUGCAGCACAAAAGAUCACUUUUGAUCCCAUGCUUCUCUUCACUGGUCGCACCUGGAAAGGCUCUGUCUUUGGAGGCUGGAAGAGUAAAGAUUCGGUCCCUAAGCUGGUUGCUGACUACAUGAAUAAAAAAUUUGUUCUGGAUCCAUUAAUAACCCACAAACUUCCUUUCACAAAAAUCAAUGAAGGAUUUGAUCUGCUGAGGACAGGGAAGAGUAUUCGCAGUGUCCUGAUGUUUUAGGAUUCUCCAAUGUUAAGCAGCAGAUGGUUCAGCACUAGUACAAACUUUACCAUCCUCCAAUACAACUGAUAUGAAAUACAAACCAAGACAUUCCUGAAAGGUCUACCACCACCAUCCUUGAAUAAAAGGAUCAGGCUCGAACUCCACACUUCAAGCACAACAUUUAUAAAUGAAAUAAUCUUUUUCUUUCUACCUCCUUCUCUUCAUUCUUGUUUUAAAUCUUCUACAUUGUGCUGUAAUUUUUUAAUAGCCAGUUAUGAGUUACAGAACUUGCUGCUGCCACAGGUGUUAUAAAAAUGUUGAGUUUUUUAAAUUACUUAUAAUAUACAAUCUUUUAAUAAAAUAAAAAUUAAGAAAACAGGGCUUCCGUAACACUGCAAGCUUAAGAGACUUGUGCACGCAGUUCAGUACAGUAAAACAGUUAGAACUAUGUAUCCAUCCUGAAUGACUUUAGCAUUCCAGUGCCUGAUAGGCAAGGAAAUUACUGCAGAAAUUAAAAUUUAUGGUGACCAUGUGUUCUUGUUAAUAAUUUCAGUAAAUGAUAUUUAAGUAAAUCACAGACUUAGGUACUGAAGAAUGUCUCACCACUGGAUAUUUUAGCAAAUUAACACUUCCAGACAUCUUAUGUAAAACUGCUGUGGUGGUGUUCUGUAUUGUGGUUUGUCUUUGGUGGGUUUUGUUGUUUUUUUUUCCUUUACCUUUGUGCCUCUUUCUUGGCGUUGUUUUAGUUGUUGAUCAGUAUGGGUUUAGAUCUUUGGCCAGUUUAUACAAGUGCAUCUGAUGUUUGGGAAACAAUGUGAAGAAAUAUGAAUGUGCAUCAAA